AUGGAAAAAAGAAAAAGGUCGAUUAAAUUUCUUUGUAUCAUCGGGUAUUUGCAAAGCGUAGUUUCAUCUGUGAAUGCGUUACCGCCCGCGGUGGAACAACCCAAUGACCCAGGAACAAACAUUUUACCUAUAACGCCCCCCAAAACAGCCGACGUGACCAAUAGCGUUUUCAGCCUCACAGCCAGUUCUGAAGGCACACGUUCAGUAAAUUCUGACCCAAAUUUUGCGAGCGCAGAAAAAAUGAUCAACAAUGCCAUAAAUCCCCAAGUGUCCAAUGAGGCUACAAAAUUCAUCGCAGCUGACGAAACACCUCUCGCAUUUCGCCGAUUUCGCGCGGAAUUGUCAUCUUCACAGUCUACCAACUCGAAUAUCGGAGAUGGGUCGAAAAGUGUGUCCUCAAUAACAACAACACAGGGCAACACAGAUAUCGAUCGAGCAACAUCAACGGCUAAUAAUGGAAGAGCGUUAGGAGGAUUCAUUGCAACUGUUGCGUCACCUCCUUCACAGAUAUCAAGUGGAGUUCAGUUUAUGCCUUCAGCAAUGAGAUAUGCCAUACGACCACCAGGAGUGCAAUUUUCAACGCUUGACUUGACCGGUUUGUCAUCGCGUCCGCCUAUACUGUCGUAUAUACCUUCUGCUUCAUUUUCUGCUCCUGUUGCACAGUCGAACUCCAUCCGCUUACUUCCUAAAACGUUCCGUACAUUUUAUCAAAAUACACCGACAUCCCCAAUCCUGCCUUUUGUUGGUUCUAAUUCUGGAUUAUCGUCUUUGUCUUUUCCACCAACACCUAUGGAAGUGCCGCCAAUUUCAUCUUUCUCUUCUCCUAUCCCGAUUCACCAGCAGCAGCAGCGACAACAACAAAUUUCUUCAGUGCCAACAGUAACUGUUUCUGAAUCCCCUAGUGUAACCUUUUCUUCUGCACCUAUUUCAACAUCUGUAAGUCCUUCUAUUCCAUCCAGCCAAAUCUCCUAUGCUCCCAAACCACCUCUCACUAGUCUCACGACAGUCAAUAUGAUACCUGGUCCACCGAAGACCGUAUUUCAAUCACCACCUCCACCUCAAACGACUGUUACAACAUUUGCUAACUCUCCGGGUCCUUCUCCACAGACCAUGCAACUACAACCAUUUCGGCCUCUAGCAACUGUAACAGCAUCCUCUGACACUAUACCUCCUCCAUCGCAGACCAUACAAUUUCAAUCACCACCUCAAACGACUGUUACAACAUUUCCUAACUCUCCAGGUCCUUCUCCACCGGCCGUACAGCGACGAACAUUUCGUCCUCAAACGACUCUUACAGCAUUUGCUAACUAUCCAGGUCCUUCCCCACAGGCCAUACAACUACAACCAAUUCGGCCUCUAGCAACUGUUACAGCAUCCUCUGACACUCUUCCUCCUCCUACGCAUACCGUACAAUUUCAAUCACCACCUCCACCUCAAACGACUAUUACAACAUUUCUUAACUCUCCAGGUCCUUCUCCACCAGCCAUACAAACACUUCAUCCUCAAGCGACUGUAACAACAUUCUCUAACACUCCACUUCCUCCUCCUCCAACCAUACAAUUACAGUCAUCACCUCCAACUGCGAUUGAGACACCAGUGCAAGCAUCUACAGUAAUGACGCCUCAACCCCCAAUAAACAUUGCUCCAUUGUCUUCGAUGGGCGUAGGUCCUUCAUCCGUACCAUCCUUUACAUCAAUUCCUUUAUAUCACACAGCAGUACAAGCCCCAGGUAUUGCGCCGCUUUCAUUCCCAUUGGCUUCAGGCACACAAAAUAUUUUUGGAGUAGGUAUGUCACCCCCUUUCGUUGGUCAAGAAGGCGGUUUUGGUACCAACUUUGGAAGUGUGGGAAUAGGAGGAGGAGGAGCAGGCGGAGGAGAAAUUAUGGGAACAAAUUCCGGCACUCUACCAGCCGCAGUCUCUUCAAUAUCUCGGUCAUUCAAUGAGUUCUUGUCACCAAUCAUGUCAGCGUUUGAGGUAUGCUUAAAUGUUGGCACCAAAGAUCUCUCUUUAACAUGUCAAAAAUAUACUAGUAAGAUUUCGUCUGAAUAA